AGCGGCCGUAGAAAGUGUAUGAAUUUGCGGACGAUGCAAGAAGGACUAACUCGGUCCAAAGAACGCGACUCGUCUACUGAAAAAUCAUCGUAAGGUCGUUUCUCCCUUUCGGAAAUUUUUCAAAAACUAAAGAUUUGUUGUAUCUAAAUACGUUGACUUCGACAACUCUCGACGCAAUUUCAAUAAAUUCACAUUAUUUUACUACUUUUUUGUUUCUUCUUCCAUGAUCAAUCUCAAUCACGGCUUGGCUGCUUGUUGAUACCAGCAAGAAUGAGUGUCGCUGCAUGCCCCCGCGCGCAACCGGAGCAGCGACCGGGCGCAUUAGUACUCUGGUGACUGAGGGGCACCAACCGUCGUGGCCAUUUCCAGCAGGUGCUGCAAGCUGAAGCGUGAGAAUCAAUGGUGGCGGCCGCGAUUGAUUUUUCCGCCUUCGAGGCGGGCGCAAGCGGAGGCGGACUGCCAGAGGAGCAGCAGGUGCAGCGGAGCUUCGACGCGAAGGAUUGGAUUUCGCAGUACCGACGCUCCAUCCCGUUGCCGCAACUGCAGAAGGUUCUCACCGCAAAGUCCGAAUCGGUGAAGACUGAGUUGGUUGAACUCAUUUAUCCUGCGUAUUCAAAACGUAGUACCCGCCCCAGGGCGUGCCAAGCAAAUCCGCAUGUGUCUUGUCCGCAGCUCGCUGAGAGGCGUUGCGUAGUAGGAACUGGUGUCUACGAAUUUGCUAUGCAGCCCGAAUCAGGAAUCGUUGAUGCGGUCGUGAUACAGGCUAAACACGACUCCGCUUUGGAUCCCUUCAACUUGUCAAUGUCAUGCAAGCAACCUCCGGGAGUUUCGUGAUUCAUUUUUGUUUUUCUUGCCAAGUUUUCGUCUUGACUGGGGGCGCGGGAGCGUUUUUACCCGGGAUAUCAUAUCCCAGAGAAAAAAGCCGGCAGGGUAUAUUUGUAAUGCAAAAAUAAAUACACAGAAAAAUCUAUGGGCGGCCUCAUAGCAUGCUGUUUAGGAUACGCAAUACAGAUUUUUUUGUGUAUUUAUUUUUGCAUUACAAAUGUGACCUGCCAGCUUUUUUCUGUCUGAUAUAUCAUCAACGCGAAAUACAGUGACUUUGUGGCUUUGUCCUCGAAAAUGAAGUAUCAAAUGCAAAAAUGUCUGGGUCUGGAAAGAUGCAAGGUUUGUCAUGCACGUUUUGCAUGACUCCUGAUGUCUCCUGUGAUGCAUGUCCUAGCAUCACAGACUUUGCGAGGGCUUCCUGAUGCCUAUACCGCAUGAGAAAUGCCUUCUCGCCGUGGCCAAAACUGGAGCUCUUUUGCUGUUCAUGCAAUACACAUGUAUUGCAGAAUCCAAAUCCAGCAUCAGAAGUUGCAUCCUUCCAGACCCAGACAUAUUUGCAAUGCAUAUGAAGCAGCUGGAGCAGCUAACCCAUCCGAUCAUCGAACCGCUGCAAGAGAACCGUGCCACCUGUGAUGAUUUCGCAGCUAAGCUGGAUGAGGUAAUAAACUGUGCGACUCUACUCAUCUUUUUUGUUGGAAUCAAGUUCAUGAUCGUUGCCAUGAGAUUGUUCGGUGAUCGGCGUGGCUGCAAAAUCUAAAAAGUGAUCGUGAAAGGUGGAUUUUUGCAUGUGACUGUUGCAUGUUGCCAGAUGCAGCACGUGAUGAUAACGAUACUUCGGCCGAGUCCCGAACUUACCCUCGUCUUGUGUGGUAGCGGCCACGGAAGAACAAGAUAGUGCUGUUCCCAAGAGCCGUAGCACGUGCAUCGGAAGAGUGAUUGAACGUUGGCAUAAAUAGAAUUGCAAUUCCACCAUUUAAUAUUUCAUCGCAGCUCUGCGUGAAAGCUCGGGCUGGCAUUCAGCAGCGCCGAAGCAUUGCGGAGAAGAAGCGCAUCAUUGUUUCUCUGCAGGAGAAUUUAAAAUCCGUGGCCAAGACUCGGCAAACGCUGGCGGGUCUGACGAGCGCAGCUGCGGACAGUGGGUUGUACCUUGACGACUUUCUCAAGACAUACGGGACGCUGGAAUUUGUGGCGUCGAAGAUCCGCAAGGUGCGGUUCUUCGUGAACAGUAUUCCUGAGCGUGUGGUUGCGCACGACAAGGAACUGCGGGUGGCCGUAUCCGAGUUGGACGCUGAAGUGGCCGACUUUUCCCAAAAAGCUCUCGACGUCCUGCGGGGGCGUUUGCUAUCCUCUUUUAAAACGUCUCCAUCUCCCCGGAGUCGAGAUGAGAGUAUUGCGGUAGGUACACAAAUGAACAAGUAUUGCGCAGGAGUAGAAGUUUGGGCUGGCCGUGUAAGCGUGGUUAGGUAGCAAGCUGGUGCAGCAGCAUCACGAAUCGAUCGCCUAAGUCUGACUCGAGGAUGACAAAGUCUCGGAUUGAGUCAGAGAGUGCUCUGUCUUCAUGGGGGUGCACAUGAGAAACAUUUUUUGGGCUUACAGUUUUGCAUAACAAGAUUUAUCCCUGCGUGACAGCCAUCUUCGGAAGUUUGCACCGGGGUGGCAAAGUGAGAGUGCGCCGCACUUCUGCUUAUAAUUUAGCAUAAAAUAGUACAAAUCUGGGGCGAAGACGUUUUUCCUCAGGAUAUUUGCGAAGUGUGCUGCAGAUGGAGGGGGGCCUUGCGGAACCCGACCGCCGCGGCGCGCUGGUGAUUGCCACCGGACAUGUACACCUAUGAAAUCAAAAAGUCAUGACAUGUAUUUUGCUUUUGCUCUGACGUAAAUACGGUACCUACCCCAAGGCCAAGAGGACGGCACAUUUUAGUGAAUAAAGACCGCCGAGUCUGGUAUUGGUGUCGGCCCUCCCUCCUGAUAAUUGUGAUGUUGUAUGGUGCAGCGAGCUCAUCUACCAGACCGCGCGGACGGGGUAAUUAUGAUGGCGGCGAAACAUAAUUAAAGUUGAUGUGAUUACAAGGAUGCACAAUAAUUUUUUAUGUUCAGCUUUCCCGUUCCUUCCUGCUACUCGGGGUGGAGCACGAGUUUGUGGGGAUCUUCGCGGAGCUUUUCGUGCAAAAAGUGCUUUCCGAGGCUCAGCAGAAGAUUCAGGGAGUGUCCGUGAAGAAGUAUUUCAGCGUGAUAGAGGAGCGGCUGCUGACCCCGGCAAGGAGGACGGCAUCCAAUCAGAUGGACCCCAGCCAGCGCCCCGACGGCAGGUCGGCACCAACGCCUCCACCCAUGGCGCAGGUGUUCGUGCGUGCGUGCGAGCCGGGUGUGAAUCUGCUCUCGCAAGGCGUUGGGAAGCCAGUGCUAGAGUACCUGUUGCAGAACUGUCCGACGGUGUUUAUCCCAACCGGCAUUUUGGAUGUAUUCGCAGAAAAUUACCUUGCCUACCAACGGUUUAUACGGGCCCUGGAGCAUGAAAUGGCCGCAGAAGAGAAAGUCGUGUGGCGCGCGGACCAAGAGGCUCUCCACCGAAAGUGGCAAAUCAACGUACAUGCAUUUUUUCAUGGUGUGAUCAUUUCCGCACGACCCAUGAGUGGCUUGACUUCAAUUCGCACCGUAGUGACGUGGCAAUAGAAAGAGUUGGUGGUGGCAACUUCGGAACAUCACCGGUGUUUUUUUCCGUGGUCAUACAUGAUAAAGCCUUGGUUUCGUCUUGCCUGAAGUGGUUUCUUUUCUGCUUCGACCAGUGGCGUCGCAGCGUUGGACGACGAAAGUUUUCUAAUUUGAUUUUUCAUCGGCCCACCAUCUUCAAUGGUCUCGUUUGUACGGAGCUUUUAUCGAUCCGGAACAAUCUCCUUCAGGUGUACUUCUCCAUUCGAGAAAAGGAGCUGACCUAUCAGUUUGGGGAGGCCGCCGCCUCGUCAAAGCGCUUCUUCGGACAGGGAGAGGAAGUGCAGCGCACCGCCCACCAGCAAGGUGCCGACUGUCGGUUGCCUGCGACGGAAGCGUUGCUGACGCAGCUUCGUUAUCAAAUGCAAAAAUAUCUGGGUCUGGAAGAGUGCCAGACUUGUCAUGCAGGUUUUCCAUGACCCAUGAGGUCUGGUAUGUAGGACAGAGCAUGACAGAUUCUGUGAAAGCUCUAUCAUGCCUAUCCUGCAUGAGAAACUGCCUCUCGAUUAGGUCAAAAGUGGACAGCUUUUGGCAAUCAUGCAACACAGAUGUUUACAUGGUUCAGAUUUAGCAUGACAAGUUGCUUUGUUCCAGACCCAGACAUUUUUACAGUUGAUAUUCGUCGGAUGUGGACGCGGGACAGGGCGAUUUUCUUGGACGGUCUAUUCGCCAAGUAUCUAUGCAAGAAAAAAACUGUGUAAGUGUAAAUCUGUGAUGCAGAACACGCAAUAGAGUUACGCCUGUCAUGCCAGACAGCCACGCAUUCCUCUUUUCAUGUGUGUUUUCCCUUACAAACCACGCAUGAAAUUUGUGAUGCUGUCAGCCAAAGAUAGUUACACUAACACAGUUUUUUUCUUGGAUAGUAUCCCACAAAAAAGUAGUACUUACACCCCUACUAUGUUGUUGGGAAGUCAUUUGAUGUCACGCAAGAAGAAGAACUGAUUUCUUGGCAUCACCAAAACGUGCUUGUUGUCUGUCCACUUUGACCCUUGAUUUUUUGGGCAUUCUUAUCUAUCAACAUGGGCGUAGCGCAUAAUUAUUGCAUGACAAAAAAUGUCAUCUCCACAGUCGUGUCUGCACUGCAGUAGCGGCGUUUUGGUACGUAUAGUCAUGUUUGAUGCUUUUGGCUGGCAUGAGUGUAAGUACUUUUCUCGAGGAUGUUAAAUUUCUGACCUUGACUGUGAAACUCUUUCACUCCUGGAUUCGCGAGGUCCCACAUUCGUUCCUGCAAACCUGCGCCAGCAUCCAGGCCAACACGCUGCAGAGUGGUAGCAAGGAGUGGGUAGCCGCCGAUCUGGAGAGGCACGGGCCCCUCUUUCUUGCGGACCUUGCCCUGUUGAAGAAGCAACUGGACUUCGGAGACGCCGUCCGUCGCAGGGUAAGCAUCCAGAGCUGGUGCUCAGAAGUAGAUUCAACAACUAGUAUCGUUUUCAUUUCAUUGGAACAUGUAGAAUAAAAUACUGGUUUUAUCCAUUACCAGAUUUUAAUACCAGAUGGUAAUAAUCUGAUCCCAUAUUUCACCCAAAUGUGCGAACAGCAAGUGGGCGCCGGCGGUUCAUCCUCCUCUCCGAGCAACGCCUCCGGCUCAAAAACGUGCAGCAGUAUCAGAAAGAGAAGUGUUUUAUCAAAUGUAAAAAUGUCUGGGUCUGGAAGAUUCCGAGAUUUGUCAUGCAGUUUUUCCAAGCUCCACCAAGUCUGGAAUGCAGGGCCUAGCAUCACAGGUUCUGCAGCCCCUUAGUGAUGCCCAUUAUGCAUGAGAAAUGCCCUCUGAGCAUGGCGAGAAAUGGGGACCUUUUGCAAGUCAUGCAACACAGAUUUUUGUAUCAUCCGCAACACGCAUCACAGGUUCGCAUUCUUCCAGACCCAGACAUUUUUACAGUUGAUAUGUUUCCGUGAUAACCCACUCACUGCGCGCAUGUUUCAUUUUUUGUCCCGUCGGGUAUCUUGGCUUAGAGUUAGAACAUCAAUUCAUGAUCUUCUUUAACAUGCGCACCAUGCAUGCACUUUUUUGGAAGCAGUUUUCGUUUUGGUACGUCCACGGAGCGGUCUCAGCGACAUCCUUUUGCAAGAGAUCAUGGUCGUGGCGGGGUCGACUACUGCAAGUAGCGUAUCACAGCAAAAUACCAAAACGUGGCCCCUCCACGUCCAGGUUCGAGUUUUCGCUUCGCGGUCUCACUUUCAACUCAAAAAGACAGCAGGUCGUGGAACACGAAAAACGCAGUUCGCUUCGGCUACAGUGAUCUCCCAAGAUUUUUAGUAACGUUUGAACUUUAUCUCUGCACUGAAGAGCAGGAAUGCAAUUCCCUUGAAUUGGCAUAACAUUGUGUAGUGCGCCCAGCAUCUCGAGGACGCAGCAAGUUCUUUUUAGAUUGGACGGGAGGGUUUUUUCCACUUUGAGACCACGUGAAUGAGCACGAGUCGGCAGAGUCAGACUUUUUCGACCUGGGCGGUGCGGCGUCCGAUUUGACGCAGGCGCAGGCGGACCAAGGCGAUGCGUUGCUGACCUUGGUGGACCAGGUUUUCGAGGACACGCGGGCCGAGCUGACGCAGGUUUCUGACAAGGUCAACGACAGCCUGCUGAAGCAGGUUCAGGGCAAGAUCAAUGAGAUUCUGUACGAAAACGUGAAGAGAAUACCAAGCUUGUACCGCAUGAUGAACCGCCCCACACCAACGAGUCCCCUGCCCUACGUUCGAACGCUGUUCACCCCUCUCGAGGAGACGUAUAGAAAUUUCGAAUUAUGCAGCUCUGGAUCCUCCGAGCUUGCACAAUUAAUGACAAAUAAUCAACAACAUGAUCCCAUGUAUCUGAAUGAACACGUAGGAGAAAGAAGAAAAAGAAAAAGCUAUAUGUUAAUUCGCCUAAUAACUACUUCUUUGAUGCACAGGGUGUCGCAUGCGAAGACGGUUCUUGGAGUGGAUUGGGACAGUGCGCCGUGGGUGCAAAAGCUCGUGCACGAGACGGCCUUCGUGUUUGAAACGCAGGCAACGACAGUGGUUGAGCAGGUAGAAGCGAGUUAUCGCUCCUUGCAGCGCGUCAAGAGCCUGAAUGCAUCCGAGGAUGACCAGGCGAAAAUCUUCCUGCAGCUGAAGUUGGACAUCGCAGAGUUCACAAAAGUUGCGCACUCGCAGUAUGCAGUCUCCGAUGCCAAAGUUGAGGUCAAGAAGCUACAGCAAGAGUGACGAAAUUCUAUCACUGCUCAAGCCGUUUUCCUGAGCAAUUUAUUUAGCGAAGACGCAAUGAUUUUUGGUGGGAGGUCACAGAGAUUCAUUUGCGCAGGGUUAAAUUUUUAGUGAACAAAGCCAGCACGAGAUUCUCGGCGUAAGUCAAGGGCGCUACAUUUGACCACUUCUCGCGAGCAAACUUUACAAGAUCAGUCCGGUUUUCUACACGGUCCCCUAUUCGUGCUUUGUGCAUGGUAUCAUUUUCAUUGAGUUCAUCGACGUACAAGCUUGCUCACCACCAUGCAUACGCCUUGUUAAGGUGGCAAGAGUGAGAAGAUAUAAAGACGGCUGUAGCAACUCGUUGGAGUGGGAAAGAAC